AAAAAAUCUCCUCCUCCGCUUUCUUUCCCACUAAAAACCAGUUUCAGAGAGACAGAGAGAGAGAGAGAGACAGAGAGAGUGGGGGUUCACGAGCUGCGUCACCGCCUUUCCAUCUCUCUCUCUCUGUGUGAAGCUCCAAAAAUCUGAGAAACCCAACGAGUGUGGUGAGGUGUGGUGUGGGGUGGGUGAAGCUUCACGGGCUCCAACCCUUCUCCCAGUCUCUUUCUGCACCCACCAGCUUCUCUUCAAUCCAGCGGUUCACGUCCACCCACGUCACCACCUCCACCGCCCAUCUUCCAGCUCGAUCUUUGAUCGCCUCUCUCAGCCAUUGGUGUUGCAUAUCUUACAUUCCCGGGAGAAUAAUAUAAUGCGUCAAACAGAGCUUCAGCUUCUGCUUUAGUUCUGCGUGGUGCUUUUUGGGUACAAAGUGUUUGGGUAGAGAGAGAGAGAGAGAGAGAGAGAGAGAGAGAGAUGGAUAGGUCGACCGUAACUGUGGGGCCGGGCAUGGACUUGCCGAUCAUGCACGACAGUGAUCGGUACGAGCUGGUGCGAGAUAUCGGGUCGGGAAAUUUCGGGGUGGCAAGGCUGAUGAGGGACAAGCAGACUGAUGAGCUGGUCGCCGUUAAGUACAUCGAGAGAGGUGAGAAGAUAGAUGAGAAUGUACAAAGGGAAAUUAUAAACCACAGGUCAUUGAGGCAUCCCAACAUUGUCAGAUUCAAAGAGGUCAUAUUGACACCGACACAUCUAGCUAUUGUGAUGGAAUAUGCAUCUGGAGGGGAACUCUUUGAACGGAUAUGCAAUGCCGGCCGGUUCAGUGAGGAUGAGGCACGCUACUUCUUCCAGCAACUAAUAUCAGGAGUUAGCUACUGUCAUGCAAUGCAAGUAUGCCAUCGUGACUUGAAAUUAGAGAACACAUUGUUGGAUGGAAGUCCGGCUCCUCGUUUAAAGAUUUGUGAUUUUGGGUACUCCAAGUCUUCGGUGCUGCAUUCACAACCAAAAUCAACUGUUGGCACACCUGCAUAUAUUGCCCCUGAAGUGUUGCUUAAGAAAGAAUAUGAUGGCAAGAUUGCAGACGUGUGGUCUUGUGGGGUGACCUUAUAUGUCAUGUUGGUGGGCGCCUACCCUUUCGAGGAUUUGGCGGAGCCAAAAAACUUCCGCAAAACAAUUCAGCGGAUUUUGAAUGUCCAGUACUCAAUUCCUGACUACGUUCAUAUAUCUCCGGAGUGUCGCCAUUUGAUCUCAAGGAUAUUUGUAGCUGACCCAGCAAAGAGGAUAACCAUUCCUGAGAUAAGGAACCAUGAGUGGUUUUUGAGGAACCUUCCAGCAGAUCUCAUGGAUGAAAGAACAAUGAACACUCAAUUUGAAGAGCCUGAUCAACCCAUGCAAAGUAAUGAUGAAAUCAUGCGGAUAAUUGCUGAGGCUACCAUUCCUGCAGCAGGGAGUCACAGCCUCAACCAGUAUCUGACUGGCAGCUUGGACAUUGAUGGUGACAUGGAGGAGGACCUGGAAAGUGAUCCUGACCUUGACAUUGAUAGCAGCGGAGAGAUAGUCUAUGCAAUGUAAUCCUGACUAUUGCCUGCCAAGAGUUGCUUAAACCCAUCUACUGGGUUUUGUUUGUUGGGGGUGUGCAAGAUUAGAGGAAAAGCUUUUUCCUUUUCUCUGCAAUGAAAAAUCCUGGGUUUAAAAUUUGUAAAUGUCAUUGAGGAUUUGUUCUUUUCGCUCCUAUCUGUUCUAGCGAUGUGCUACUGUAUUGAUCUGUAUUUUUAGUCUUCGGAAAGUGAAAUAUGUAUUGCCCGUUGUAACACUAUAAUUGUCAUGUUUGUCGCUUUGGCUGGCUACAUGUGUCAACUCAUGCUUUUUUAUUUGUGUUUAUUGGGUGAUUGGCUAA